GGCAAUUGUACAAGUUGAAACAGAUUACUGAAAUGUUUGAGAUUUGAGACAUCAAUUGAAUCCACAAACUUGAGAUUUUAAUCACCUCUCUGUUUCUGAAAUGAAUUUCAACAUAGUCAAGAUAACCAACGAGGAAAUGAACAUACCACAAAAAGAUUUCUCAAACAUGAAUGUAGAAAUCUAACCUUGGGUUUUUAUAAUGGGCCGAGUAAUAAUAAUAAAUCUAAUGGCCCAAAAUUGAAUUUUCCGGUUUUAUCUUUAAACCGAUUUCGAUUUUAAUAUUUUAAAUCUCAACUAUUUCUCCCUUCUUCCUCGUUUGUUGAGAUCAGAUAGAGGAUCUUUAGGUGUGUGUCAUGGAUUGGCAAGGGCAGAAAGUGGUGGAGCAGGUGAUGCAGAUCUUACUGGUGAUCUGCGGCGUCGUGGCGGUGGUUGUUGGCUACGCGACGGAGUCGUUCAGGAUGAUGAUGAUGAUCUACGCAGGUGGUGUGGUUCUCGCGACUCUGGUGACUGUACCUGAUUGGCCAUUCUACAAUCAUCAUCCCCUGAAAUGGUUAGAUCCCAGCGAAGCCGAUAAGCAUCCCAAACCACAAGUCGCCGCCGUUGCUUCCAAGAAGAAAUCUCUUAAGAAAUAGAUCUGAUUUGAAUCUCUCUCUCUCUAGCUGUUGUUGUCUUUCAGAUAUUUUCUGGAUUUGCCAAGUCUUAUGAUGAAUUCAAUGUUCU